CAUUGAAGUGGAAGCAGUGCUUCUACCUAAUCCCGACAUUGCUGAUGCAGUUGCUUUCGGCGUCCCCGGUGACAAAUACGGGGAAAAGAGGUAACGCGAUUAAUUUCCUCAGGCGCCGUCCUGUGUAGUUAACAGCUCAUCAACUCUUGAUCCCACUAGUAGCUACAUGUAAUUGCGAACAUCAAGAAAAAGAAAAGGAAAAACUUUGGAUGCCGACGUAAUAUGGGCACACAGUCCAGUCAUUUGGCCGCACUGUGAUUGAAACAUAUACCUGAAAGUAGCAAUUUAGCAAUUUUUUUUUCCUACCUCCUGUUUUUGUUUGUCUUUUCUGACAAGUACUGGGUAAAGUUAUUGGCUCGUAUGUUACUAAAUUAGGUCAUGGAGGGCCUUUUGUAACUAUUUUUGCCGAUAACGUAUGGAGAUGGAUCGAUAUGGAACUAUAAAGGGAAGUAUUUGGUUACAGUAUGGUUGCUCACAGGAAAUCUGGGUUUUUGGAACCUUUUAGGUCAUGGAUGACAUGUGACUAAACUUUGGUGUCUUAUAACCAGGUCAGAUUGAACCACGUUAGGAGUUGUAACCAAGUGGAAACCAUCUCCAUUUUUAUUACCUUGGCCCAACUUAAUUCUGGGCCAUUUUCCCUGACAAAGGGAUAAGACUGGGCAAAAUUCUGAUUCAAUCUUGGUGAGCUGAGCUGGGCCUAGCAAAUAUAAUUGCGAAACUGGACUUAGAACUGGACAUAAAAUAAACAGAAGCCUGUUGCAAAUCCCUCCUUCCAGUCUCCAGCAAAAAAAAAAAAAAAAAAAAAGAGGAGAGAGAGAAUACAUUGCCACUGUAAAACCCUACACAAAGACACAGCUUCCUCUUAGUCCAAGCUCCUCUGAAAACAACCUCUGUCGUUCUUCUUUAGCUCUGUACUUUGAAGACAAGAUGGUGAGCAAAAGGCAGAAACUAGCACGAAAGAUAUACAAAGAAGACCAUCCAGAGUUGUUUCCAAAACCAGAACCAACACCACCUAACGACCCCAACAAGAUGAAGAAGAAGAAGAAGAAGAGCUUGUUCAAGAGAAAAAAUUCUGACCCAAAAGACCCAAAUAAAGCAAAUAAAAAAGGGUUUAGAAAACAACCUCUUAGAGUUCCUGGUAUGAAGCCUGGUGAUAGUUGUUUUAUUUGCAAAGCUAAAGACCAUAUUGCCAAACUUUGCCCUCAAAAAGAUGAAUGGGAGAAGAAUAAGAUAUGUUUGCUUUGUCGGCAUCGUGGGCAUAGCCUGAAGCGUUGUCCUAAGAAGAACGAUGAGACUAUGGAUCAGAAAUUGUGUUACAAUUGUGGGGAAACAGGGCACUCUCUUUCUCAAUGUCCUCAGCCUCGAGAAGAUGGGGGGACGAAGUUUGCCAAUUGCUUUAUCUGUAAUGAACGUGGACAUUUGAGCAAGGACUGUCCUAAAAAUACUCGUGGCAUAUACCCAAAAGGUGGUUGCUGUAAACUAUGUGGUGGUGUAACACAUUUGGCUAGAGAUUGUCCCGAUAAGGGCAAGAGAGGUGACGCUGCCUUUGGCAGAGGAGCCAUUGGAAGGGAAGUAAGGCCUACUGGGCGAGUGACUAAGUUUGUAAGUGGAGAUGAGCUUGAUGAUGAUUUUAUGACCGAAAACAUGUAUAGCAUUCCAAAAGACAAGUCAACUGAUUCAAAAGUUGUUCCUCCCGAUUCGAAGGAUGGUCAUGUAAAAUCAAAGAAGAAACAAGGUCCCAAAAUAGUGAACUUUGUAGGAGCGAAUGCAGCGUCUGGAAUGGCUGUUGAUGAUGAAUGUAAGCUGAAGUUUUUGGAACUGAAGGCAAAGAGAAACUAUCGAUUCAUCAUUUUCAAGAUUGAAUCUCAGCAAGUGGUGGUAGAGAAACUCGGGAGCCCUGAAGAAACCUACGAGGAAUUCGCUGCUUCCCUCCCUGCUGAUGAGUGUCGCUAUGCUGUCUUUGACUAUGAUUUCAUUACCAAUGAGAAUUGCCAGAAAAGUAAAAUCUUCUUCAUUGCAUGGUCACCUGAUACAUCAAGGGUGAGAAGUAAGAUGGUUUAUGCAAGCUCCAGAGACAGAUUCAAGAGGGAACUAGAUGGCAUUCAAGUGGAGUUGCAAGCAACCGAUCCUAGCGAGAUGAGCUUCGACAUUAUAAAGUCCCGAGCUCUUUAGACACUGUUCUUGUUUCUUCUUUCAGCAAUCAGCCUUUCUUGACAAAUUACAUUUUGCCGGUGUUUAUUUAUUUGUUUUUUUUUUAUGUUUAUUCUUCUAACUUGUUCUAAUUUUCGUUAUAUGAAUUUUAUGUUAAACCUUCUUGUUUGAUGUAAUAUUAUGCAUUAUUUUGUCA